AUGUCAGAACCCAUCCGAGUCGCCAUCGUCGGCGGCGGCAUCGCCGGCGCCUCGCUCUUCCACGCCCUGCUCCAGCGCCCCCACCUGGACGUUCACAUCUUCGAGUCCGCCGCCGAAUUCAAAGAGGCCGGCGCCGCAAUCGGGGUCGCUCGCAACGGCCUCGCAGCGCUGGACCUCAUCGGGUCCUCCGCAGCCCAGUGCCUCGAGCGCGCCGGGGCGGUGGCCCAGAGGGGAGUGCGCGCCAUGCUCGCGCAGGGCGAAUUCCGGAACAGCAUGAUCGACGAGGCGCGAGACGACGACGGCCGGCGGCUGACGAGCAUCGUGCACCGCGCGGCGUUCCUGCGGGAGCUCCUCGCCGGAGCGCCCGCCGCCCGCAUGCAUGUUUCCAAAAAGCUCGUGCGGGUCGAGAGGGCUGGCGAUGACGCACCCGCAACGCUGCAUUUCGUCGACGGCACUACCCACGAGUGCGACAUCCUUGUCGGCGCGGACGGGAUCCACAGCAAGGUGCGCAAGAUCAUCCUGGGCGAGGAUGACCCUGCCGCAAGCCCGCGCAACGCGGGAUGGUGGGCAGUUAUGGCCCUCAAGCCGUACGCAGAGGCCAGAGCGAGCUUCGAUGAAUGGCUGAUCGAUGCCGACAAUGCGCGCGAGCAUGCGUGGGUCGGCGACGGGACAUAUCUCCUGCACAAUGUCCUGAACGAGGGCUCUCUUGUGCAGAUCGUGCUCUGCGCCGUGGAUGAGGAUGCCAAGACGUCAGAGCAGUGGCACCGGAUGGCGAGCUCCGAAGAGAUUUUGAAGCUAUAUCAGGACUGGCCGCCGUCUCUGAACAAAGCUGUCAAGGAGCUGCUCUGUGAUCAGCCCCAGCAGCCGGCCAUGUACUUGUGGGACCAUCCACCUGCUCGCACCUAUGUAUCGGGGCCACUUUGCAUUAUGGGAGAUGCACCACACCCUGGCAGGGUUCUGGCUGCGAACCCCCUCCGAAGCUCUCGUAGCUUUGAGGAGACUGGAGUGAUCAUGACUGGAAGAGGGCCCGAUGGGCUCGACCUGGGAAGCCUGAAGCACAAACUACUACAGCGAUGGGACUUUAUCAUUGACUUUGAUAACAAGAAGGCUCGAGACGAGGCAGUCGAAAUGAUGCGUGCUAAGCUGGAAAAGUAA